GGGCCAGGCAAGAAAGGGAAGAAGAGAUAAUAAGCAACUAAAGAGAGAUCCACUAACUACAGACAAAGUUCUUUACCUCCUGAUUCCUCACAAAGACCAUCCACAAGCCUCAAUUAUUAGCCCCCAAAAAAAAUUCCCUCUGCCUUCGUACCUCGUCAUCCUUUAUAAAGCCAUCUGAAAACUGAAAGAAGAUGCACCAUACAUGAGCUGCAAAACUAGAGCCAGAAGCCUGAACCACUUACAUGAUAGAAGAUGGAUCCAGCAGACGAGUCAUCAGUGAACAAGGAGAGCUCGGAGCAGCUGCUUACCGGCGAGCAAGAUGACAGCGCGACAUGGCUGAGUCUCACCCUUGGCGCAAAGGGAUCACCAGAAGAAGCAGCAACAGAAGCAGAAGCAGCAAACUGCUUGGAGUCUGAGCCUCCUAAAACUUCUGCACCACACAAGGUGUUCUCAUGUAACUUCUGCAUGAGGAAGUUCUUCAGCUCACAGGCUCUGGGUGGCCACCAGAACGCCCACAAGCGAGAGCGAAGCGCCGCCAAACGCUCCUACCAUGCCCAGAGGAUGGUGAUGGGGCUGCCUCUCGAGGCACAUGCCGCCUUUGUGCACUCCCUAAGAGUAAACCAGAGCUCAGUGAUUCAGAAGACAAGCCAGCAAGCUCAGAUCAGGACAGCACCAAGAUUCUAUGAAGGCAGCAUCAGCUGGCCACCGCUUGCUUAUGAGGAGGUGACGAAUUCGACAUGGCCAGGGAGCUUCAGAUUGAGAUCACAACCUUCAGACCAACCAUCAGAACAGAGUAAGAUAGACUUGAAUCUCAGGCUUUGAUAGGUUGAUGUACAAUUUGACCAGUACAUAAGUCCCUCCUCAAGCUUGUCCUUCUGAGUUCUGAAUAAAUGAGUUUGAAGUAUUCAAUAGGUUCAGCUCACCAUCUGAUGAAAUCAUAUGGUAGUACUGAACUUCGAAGGUAUUAUUGUUCAUUUGGAAAGUCUUGGCAGAAUUAUUGAAAAACUUUCAGAGCCAAAUUACUUUGAUAAUUUUGUAGCUAGAAACUUAUUAGAGUGAUCAUAGUUAAUUCAAUUGCGAAGGAAGAUAUGUAUUCCUCAGCACUUCUUACACAAACCAAGUAUCUUGUCUAUAUCAGUAAUUCAGUUAUAUUGCAUGUUUCU